UGGAUGAGUGGAUCGACAUGACAAUGGAUGAGGUGAGAGAGUUUGAACGCAACAUUCAGGAGGCCACCAACCAGAAGAUCGGGAUGUUUCCCCCGUCGAUCUCCAUCAGCGAGACGUCCCUGUCCUCCUGUGCCCUCACCGGCCCCGCCAGUGCCCCUUCCACCCCCAUGUGCACCGACGCACCCGAGUCCCUCUCCGUCCCCAAAGACCGACCCCGUAAAAAGUCUGCUCCAGAAACCUUGACCCUUCCCGACCCCGCUCCCAGCGGGGUCCCCCAGGGAUCUAACCUUGGCCCGUUGACCAUCUCAAAUCACGUCCAAACAUCCGCACCGUCCUUCAACUCUGAGCUUGCCGAGAUGGACGAGCAGUAGAGGGACCUUGGACUGUCUUCCCCCCCGACUCCUGUUGUACUUAUUCCCCAAGCCUAUUGUCUUACGAGCCCAAUGAGACUAGCCUAACCUCUGAACACCAGUGCCCAAAUAUUCAAGUUCUCUAGCCAUAUCCAACGAUUCGCCAUAGUCCUGGACAACAACAGACCAUCUAGGAGUCUUUCCAUCUGUGUCACUCUUACAAUCUCGGCAGCUGUACCCUCAGCUACCCCGAUGUGGCUGACUUCCUGUCCCUGUGAUUCCGGCCACAUGUCAAAUAUGUAUUCUAAAAA